AUGUUCAACCAAUCUUGGAACCCCAGGCCAUUGCCAACAGUGGCAGCUGCCCAUCGCGGCAACCAGGAAGAAUCUCCAACAGUCCAUAGUACUUCUAAUAUGUAUCACAACAAUGUUGAUUUUUCCUGGGCUGGCCAAUUUCCCUCCAACCAUAACGUCCCUGAUCAGCAGGGCGGCCAUGCCGCUAUGGGUUGGCACACUCAAGGAAUACUACAUCACCCCAUCCCAUAUUACCCUCCUCACUUUUCCGAGUCUGCGGCUGGGAUGACUGUCACACGUGGUCACCAAUUCCAGCCUGCGUUUAAUGAGGCAUGGGAUCUUGAUGAAGGCCAAGAUGUCACUCCAGCAGCCCGGGCCUGGGAACCCACACCCUCUGAUCGCUACGAUCCCCUUGAUCAUAGUCAGGGAUCACUGAACUUGUCCCAACUUUCCGAGACGUCGGCCAGCGCCACCUCGCUGAACCAUGACUUGCCUCACCCUCAGGCUGAUGCUCCCGGGAUAUCAGCCAGCGCGCAUCAUGGCCUGCCCCAACCUCACGCAUCAACCAGCGGUGCCAUGCACUUAGAACCUCAUCUGAAUAUCCCUAAUAACUUACCUCAAUCUCACACUCCCCUCAUGGCUAUGCGCCUCCGCUGGACAGAAUCCAGUGGAACGACUCGGUCAAGGACUACACGCAGAUCCCAUCGAACGGGAAUAGAAAGAGGAGAAGCCGCAAGGCAACUCAAUUCUCAAUCCGGCACAGUGACACCCACAAAAACGCACUCGCUCAACAUUGUGCCAUUCAAUGACGCGUGGAUUGUGUCGCAGGCGAAAGACAAUAUGAAGAUAGUGCUCUUGCGAUCCUCUUUAUUUCCUGCGAAAGAUGAGAUCGCCGUCAAGGCGGAGGACGCAUGGACGACUACCGUUGAGAACCAACCGCUUGAAUUUAAGAACUUGGCAAAAAACUCUGCUGUUUCUGGGCAAAAGAAGCUCGUCAACUUGGUUGAAACUAUGCAUAACGAGUUGAGAGAGGCAGGGCGUUAUUUUGUGUACUUCAAGUACAAUCUGAAGGAGGGCAACACGUCCUUGGCGACAGGGAACCUCGAAGCCCGUGCGGAUCAUGUCGCUGAACUGAUCAUGGAUGAGUCAUUUUUAGACACUACGCUUGAGGUUAAUGGGAGCCUCAUCAUCGUGCCAUUUGGCAACACCCCCGUCUUAGAGUUUAUUGUGUAUGUCGUGUACGACAGCAAAUUCCAAUACGAGCAAUAUCUCAGCAAGGACCUCCCCUUCACUGCCGCCCAAUUACGGCCGUUAUUCAUAAUGACAGGUACUAUAUUCAGGUGGGCGCUGGGGGAGCGCUCCAACGGCAUGUUUGUUGCCAGUGACUAUGUAGUGGAUGAAUGGUAG